AUUUCCUCGCGAUCGAACGCGGCUGCCAGGAAUGGCUUCCACAUUUACGGAAGGAUUCCCAAGGCACCUUAGAGUGACAUUGUGACUGCUUUCCCCAUUGUAAAAUAUUGCCGACGGUGUAACGGUUCUUUUAAUCUCUCCCAUUUUUUUUGCCACUUUGGGGAACAGGAAGUACCCUCUUUUCUUGUUCUUGAAACGUUGGAUGCUGGCGGCGUGAAUAUGUGCUUGAUGACAACGUGGUUCGGUUCGGGAUGAUGAAAUAAUGCGCGCGCUAUCAACCCUAUAGGAGCCAACUUGGAAGAGGAUCUAAAAUUUAAUUUUGGAAAAUUAACUAAUAUAAAAAGUUGGACGUGUUUUUCGCGUUUGUGUUAUGUGGAGCAGCAAAAACCUAGUUGGCGAUAAAAAGGAGCUUAUUCCGCUAAAACGAGCUUGUGCACUAUGUGUGUUUUCUGGGGUUUUAACGUGAAACUGUGAUUUGUUGUUGGAUUACCCUUAGCUGGAACACACCUGACAGCGGAAACCCAAAAGUGAAGUUGUGAAAGAAUUUGUUAUGUACCAAAAAGUUGAGCAUUAAUUUGUGUGUUUUCAUCCCGAGCGAUGUAAGAAGCGGAAAUAACGAAGCUGAUCCCGUCGGCGGUGGAUGAAUCUUUUGCUCACAUUCUCUUCAUUGCAUUGUUGAGCUGAGUUUUCCGGCAACCUCGUACGAGCGGCAGAAGGCUUAAUUUAAAGAAAACUAUUUGAUAAAGAUUAUAACCGCCUCAUCAGCAUCAUCUUGACUACGAUGCAAUAAUGGCGACUCAUCGACGCUGAGAGCCUUCUUAACUGCACUGCAACGACGUCCAGGACGUCGCAGGCACAGACCAUCCAGAAAAAGAAACCCUAGUGUUCUACAGGACUGAAGUGAUUCUUGCCGCAGCACUACACGGUUCCGAUCAAACAUGGCCCCAUCGAUGAUGGCAUCGGUUCCUCCACCAGUCCGAUGGUGGCCAUGCAGCAGUUCUAGCAGCAGCAGCAGCGGCACGACGACGGGCUUAAUGAAAGCAAAUUUAUUCAUUGCCAUCAACCGAAUCAUCUUCAGUUCCUUCAGCAGUGCCGUGUUCGGGAUUGGAACGUCCUUCUUCUGGGCUGCCACUCCGGAUCCUGCCACGGUGGCCGUCGUCGGUGCCAUCCGGCUGACGCAACGUAACAAUCACGGAAACAUUUCCGAAUUAUUGGAUAAUUUAUUGCGGGGAUACGACAACAGCAUACGGCCCGAUUUUGGCGGACCACCCGCAGUGAUAGAAGUUGACAUCAUGGUACGAAGUAUGGGGCCGAUCUCGGAAGUUGACAUGACCUACUCGAUGGACUGCUACUUCCGCCAGUCGUGGGUCGACCGGCGGUUGGAAUUCACCGGCGAGUACAACACCCUGGCGCUGAGCAUUUCCAUGCUGGGACGGAUCUGGAAACCGGACACGUACUUCUACAACGGCAAACAGAGCUACCUGCAUACCAUAACCACACCGAACAAGUUUGUGCGGAUUAACCAGGACGGUCGGGUGCUUUACUCCAGUCGGCUUACCAUCAAGGCAGGAUGUCCAAUGAACCUGGAAGAUUUUCCCAUGGAUAUCCAGAGAUGCCCACUCAAAUUCGGUUCAUUUGGAUACACCUCAAACGAUGUCCUCUAUCGGUGGAACAGCGGGCGCUCGGCGGUUGCCAUUGCAGAGGAUAUGAAGUUGUCUCAGUUCGAUCUGGUUGACUGCCCGGCCGGGAAUGUGACGGAUCGUGUCGUGCACAGUACGGCUUCGGUGGGAGCAACGGUGAUCAACGCAGCAAACGACAUCGACGGAUUGGACCCGAAUGCGAAGCUGUAUGUUUCGGAAUAUUCGAUGCUACUGGUGAGCUUCCACCUUCAACGUCACAUGGGCAAUUUUCUGAUCCAGGUCUAUGGGCCAUGUGUGCUGCUGGUCGUCCUCUCGUGGGUAUCCUUCUGGCUGAAUCGCGAAGCUACGGCAGAUAGGGUUUCCCUCGGAAUCACCACCGUGCUCACAAUGACAUUCCUCGGAUUGGAGGCCCGCACAGAUUUACCGAAAGUUCCUUACCCAACCGCUCUGGACUUUUUCGUGUUUCUAUCGUUUGCAUUCAUCUUCGCUACCAUCAUUCAGUUUGCCGUUGUGCACUACUUCACCAAGUACGGGUCAGGUGAGUGCUACUUCAGCGCUGAUGAGUUGACCUCAAGUUCUGACGAGGAUAGCGAUUGUGGCGGAGGAAAUGCCAACGGAGACCACUCUCAUCUGCAUUCAAUCAAAAUCUCAUCCAAACGUUGCUCGGCCGUCACAUCCAUCAGUGGAGCAGGUGGCACCGAUUCCAAGGUGAUAGAAGUGAUACCCCUCUCUGUUUGCUCAAUUCCGGUAACACCUGUUCGAAAGUCGUCUAAAACGUCCUGGGCCGAUUUGUCAUGUUUCGGCAAUAAAAACGAAGAUAUUCCACCGAGUUUCGCGAGCUCGUCCUUCUCUACGCCCGUACCGUCCACCAAAAGAAGCUCCCUACAGCUAUCCCUUGGAGGGUCAGCCCAAAUCCAGCGACGGAGGAAACGCAAAAAGCGAACACCUCGGUUCAACUCGGUUUCGAAAAUUGAUCGAGCAUCACGGAUUUUCUUCCCCCUGCUGUUCCUGGCCAUCAACGUGUUCUACUGGUUUCUCUACUUGUCACGAAGCGAACGAUUACCCCAGCAGCACAAAAACUAAACUUCGAUCAAACACAGAAAAAAAGAAAUGUGUUCAUCGCGUCCCAUGUGGAACAAAACGGAUGCCAUAUUUUCAGAUCAGAUUCCUAUUACAAGAUUAUUGAAACAGAAAUAAGUGAAAUCCAUAUUGAAAUGCAUGGAAACGGCUAGUAGAACUUAACUGUUGUAUUGAAUGUUACAAUUGUAGUAAAAGAUUUAAAGUAGAACUAUACAAAAAUGUUAGAGAAAAAACUGCUUCGCUAGGAAAAGUUAUAUGAAAUAACAAAUCAAAACAAAUAAUGUAGAUUUUAGUGGGACCACAUACGCUUAUUUGAAGUUAUGUAGAAAUAUAUUUAAAGGUUGAACUUGCUGGAUAACAUCUGGUAAGGAAACCUAAUGCCAAAGAUAAAAUGAUAAUUCACGAUGAAUGUUCGGCAAUAAAACGGUAUACGAAAACAACAAUAUGGAGAGCCCACUAUAAUUUUGUAGCAUGUAGUUGAACCAUGAUAGAAUAAAAAGUAUGUGAAAUCAAAAA